GUAAUCCAGAGAGCUGUCUUCAGACAUCUUUGCUAUAUUGACUCUGAGCUGUCAGGGGACUCAGGCUUAUGAGGAGGUACUGUCACAAGAAACAGUGUCUAGUGAAGACGACAAGAAAGAGGGUAAAGGAUCGGAGAAAGAAGCUAAAACACUAUAGAAAACCAUGAGAUCUAUUAGGUCUUUUGCCAAUGAUGAUCGCCAUGUAAUGGUGAAACAUUCAACAAUCUACCCGUCUCCUGAAGAACUUGAAGCUGUUCAGAAUAUGGUGUCUACUGUUGAAUGUGCUCUUAAACAUGUCUCAGAUUGGCUGGAUGAAACAAAUAAAGGAACAAAAACGGAGGGAGAGACGGAAGUGAAGAAGGAUGAGGCCAUAGACACCCAUUCCAAGGAUCAAGGUGGUCGGACAUUGUGUGGUGUGAUGAGGAUUGGCCUGGUGGCAAAGGGCUUGCUGAUUAAAGACGACAUGGACUUGGAGCUGGUUUUAAUGUGCAAGGACAAACCCACAGAGACCCUGUUAAAUACAGUCAAAGAUAAUCUUCCUGUUCAGAUUCAGAAACUCACAGAGGAGAAAUAUGAAGUGGAACAGUGUGUGGAUGAGGCAUCUAUUAUAAUUCGGAACACAAAAGAGCCCACGCUAACUUUGAAGGUGAUCCUUACAUCCCCACUAAUCAGGGACGAGUUGGAGAAGAAGGAUGGAGAAAAGGUUGCGAUGAAAGACCCUCCGGACUUACUGGACAGGCAGAAAUGUCUGAACGCCUUGGCGUCUCUCCGACAUGCCAAAUGGUUUCAGGCAAGGGCAAAUGGAUUAAAAUCAUGUGUAAUUGUCCUUCGCAUUCUGCGUGAUUUGUGCAACAGAGUCCCCACAUGGGCACCAUUAAAAGGAUGGCCACUAGAGCUUAUAUGUGAAAAGUCUAUAGGUACUUGUAAUAGACCUUUGGGCGCUGGGGAGGCCUUGAGACGAGUAAUGGAGUGUUUGGCAUCUGGAAUACUACUUCCUGGGGGUCCUGGCCUUCAUGAUCCUUGUGAGCGAGACCCAACAGAUGCUCUGAGCUAUAUGACUGUCCAGCAAAAAGAAGAGAUUACCCACAGUGCCCAGCAUGCACUAAGACUGUCAGCCUUUGGCCAGAUUUAUAAAGUGCUGGAGAUGGACCCCCUCCCAUCUAGCAAGCCUUUUCAGAAAUACUCUUGGUCAGUUACUGAUAAAGAAGGUGCUGGGUCUUCAGCUCUGAAGAGGCCAUUUGAAGAUGGAUUAGGAGAUGAUAAAGAUUCAAAUAAGAAGAUGAAACGAAAUUUAAGGAAAAUUCUGGAUAGUAAAGCAAUAGACCUUAUGAAUGCACUAAUGAGGCUGAAUCAGAUCAGGCCAGGGCUUCAGUAUAAGCUCUUAUCUCAGUCUGGCCCCGUCCAUGCUCCUGUCUUUACAAUGUCUGUAGAUGUGGAUGGUACAACAUACGAAGCCUCAGGACCAUCCAAGAAAACAGCAAAACUUCACGUAGCAGUGAAGGUAUUACAGGCAAUGGGAUACCCAACAGGCUUUGAUGCAGAUAUUGAAUGUAUGAGUUCCGAUGAAAAAUCAGAUAAUGAAAGCAAAAAUGAAACCGUGUCUUCAAACUCAAGCAAUAAUACUGGAAAUUCUACAACUGAAACCUCCAGUACCUUAGAGGUCAGAACUCAGGGCCCUAUCCUCACAGCAAGUGGCAAAAAUCCUGUAAUGGAGCUCAAUGAGAAAAGAAGAGGUCUUAAGUAUGAACUCAUCUCGGAGACUGGUGGAAGCCAUGACAAACGCUUUGUAAUGGAGGUAGAAGUGGAUGGACAGAAAUUCAGAGGUGCAGGUCCAAAUAAGAAAGUGGCAAAGGCAAGUGCAGCAUUAGCUGCCCUGGAGAAGCUGUUUUCUGGACCCAAUGCAGCAAAUAAUAAGAAAAAGAAGAUUAUCCCUCAGGCCAAGGGUAUUGUGAACACAGCUGUGUCUGCCGCAGUCCAAGCUGUUCGGGGCAGAGGAAGAGGAACUUUAACAAGGGGAGCUUUUGUUGGGGCCACAGCUGCUCCUGGAUACAUAGCUCCAGGCUAUGGAACACCAUAUGGUUACAGCACAGCUGCCCCAGCCUAUGGUUAAUACUUUUAAGCAGUUUUCAGCACGUUUAUCUCACUUUAUUCUCGUUCUCCUCGGACCUUCGUAGCCAUAUCACUUGUAUAAAAUAGGCUGAGAUAUAGUGACUGUAAGCUGUGCUCUCAGUAUACAAAGGUAAGCUCUUUUACUUUCUGAUUAAAGAGAAAAGUGAUUGAAACCAAUGAACACAGCAUGCAUGCACAUAUGACAAUCAUGUAAUGAUGUACUUGACCUCUUAGGUGUUACGCCAUCACAUCACCUUUAGCAUUUGUAUGAUCUAAAUGUCAAAUAACUAUUUUCAGCAUUUAAUGCCCUUGUGAUUACUUUCUAUGUAAGAGACACUUCACUUGUACAGAGCUGAGUGUGUGUGUGUGUGUGUAGAACAUAUAUGAUAUAUACCUGAUUACACACACACACACACACACCUGUUUAAAUAAAAGAAUUCAGGGGUGGAAAGAGCUCACUCACCUCAGAAGAUUUUAAUGUCAGGGCACUCUUUCGGCCAAAGUGCUGGGAUUUCAUAAGCAGCAAGAUCGGUAAGAAUGCUGGUAGGAUCCACUUGUAUGCAGGUAUAAAGCUGAGGAUUGAAGUGCCAAUUUCUCAAAGAGAGAGACUUCUCUGAGAAAUGAAAAUCUCUGAUCUGUGUUGUACGCCCUAAUACAACAGCAGCAAGAAGCCAUAAAAAAAAAGCAAUAGAAAUGAAAAAACCAAAACGUUAAGGUAACUGUGGGAAAAUGAUUGAUUGAGGUAAGCUAACUAUGUGCAGAACCAACUUUGGCAAGACUCAGAAUGGUUAAUACCUAGUUUGCAGAGACCAAAUAGACUUAUCUUUUUUUAGGUUAGGUAGCUAGAUGUUUAUUUCCCACCUUUGCAACUACCAUGGAGUUUAUUUAAAAGAUGAGAGGUUUAGGCCAAAUAUUUUAAUAAGGAUUUGCUUCGUUUAGUGCAUCCCAUAAAUGCAUUUCAUAUGUGUCAGAUGUUCUGUGCUAAGGCUGUAUUUUAUAUAGAGAGAUUAAAAUGAAUAUAUGUUUUCUAUUUGUCUCUAAGUAGCAGUUUUCUUUUUAUGACUAACUUGAAGGUUGCUGGAACAACAUUCUUUCCCAUACAGAAUCUUUAUGUUGAAUGUAACUUUCGCAUCUAUAAAGGCGGUGUGAGGUCUUGAUGACUAGUGCCAAGUGCAUCCCAGUGCUGAUGCAACAGCCCAGUGCCCGUCACGUGCUGGGUCCUUCUCUGAGUAUUGGCCCAGCGGAGGCCUGCCCGGUAGGAGCACUUCAACUCUGAGAGUUUCCUUGUUGGUGGGAUUGGGCAACUGAUGCGUUAGCAGUGUCAAAAAUGUAUUAUUUAUUUAAUAGUUUAUUUGUACCUUAAUAAUAUGGGCCCUCCGACAUCACUGAAAUGGGCCUCAUUUGGAAAUUCACUCAUUUUAAAUAUUUCCCUGAUGGUUUUGACAGCUCAAAACCAACUCUGGUUUAUGUUCAUUGACUUCUGUCCAAGUAUAAGUGAAUUGAAUGAAAUGAGCAACAGAUACCCCAGUCCUUUCGAAACAGUUUUUAUAAGACAGAAAAAACCAAACUGGUUAAUUCAAAUACUCAUCAUAUUUUUUAAUGACAAAUGGGGAGGGGGUUACCCUUCUAAUAUGUCAUUCAUUAUAUGUUUUCUGGGUCUCAUUAAUAAUUGCAGUGGAGGUAAAUUCUCAGUAGUAAGUUGGGGGGAUGAACUGAGGAGGAGAUCCCGGCACUGCAUCCCCUGAAGUUAGAGUACUAGCGAUCCGGAGCCCUAAACACCAGGGCCAUUGGGAGCAUUUAAAGCUGAAAACAGCCUGCUCUGUGAGUGGUCUUCCUCUGACUGCCGUUGAGCUCAGGCCUGGCCUCUGUGCUGGCCCGGAGCAGGGUUCUCUGUGGUGGUCAGAACAAGAAAGGUUCUGUUUUAAUCAGACUCAUACUGAUGCCACACCACCCAGUGACCAUCGAUUGUUCAGUGUUACCCAGGAGGCCUGGCAGGGAGAUGGGUGGUAAACGAGUAACAAGCACAGAGCCAAGGAACUGCCUUCUGCGGAGGUGAGUUUCACUGUCGAUGUUGUGUGUCUUGGGCAGUCAGGUCGGAGCUGGGAGCUAAGCUUCUUAGAGCAAUGAGUCCCUUCCUUUCCAAUAGCAACUUCCAUAAAGAGUUUUAAGUCAAGAAUUUGAGUUGUUAGUUUUAAGAAUAGAUAUUCUUUCUCACAUUAUCAUUUUAGGUAAGAGCUAACAGCUUCCAUUGAUGCUUAAAGCAGUGAACUUUGGAGAUUUUUAAAAUAGCACCCCAAUGCAAAUUAGGUUAUGUAAGCUUUACAGCACAGCUAGAAAUAUGGAAUAGAAACCAUGUGGGAAUCUGGACCAAAGAACUUCUUCCCUCCAGCAAAUUCCCUUGGGGCUUGGGAAUUAGGUGAGUUAAUUCACUAAAAUGCUUUGAAUAGUACCUGGCACAUUGUAAGUACCCAGGAACCUUCGACUGUCCUUCCCUUGGCUGAGGUGGCUGAGGUGGCAGUAUGGGAGGGAGGCACGGCUGUGCUGGCAGUUGGCUUGGUAGCUUAGAAAUAGGUGCGUGGCCUGCUGGGGGCAGCUGCGUUCGUUCCUCAGUGCUAACAGGUGGGGGUGCACCCAGUCUUGGACAGAGGCCUGUCUUCACCAUCUGGAGCUUAGGCAGGAGACACAAAGUGAACGUUUGAUGAGAGCUGGUGGGAGGAGGUCACUGUGGACCACACUAAAUGAAAAUGCUCCCUUUUCCGCUGUGGUGGUGAGACCAUUGGCCAGCCUGCUGCCAGGGCUUCACAAGUGCCUACCUGCUUCAGGAUUCAGGCGUGCUUAAAACGGCUGAGUUUAUUAAAUGAUCAAUUUGUUGAUUCCAAGUUUUCUACCAGUGCUUCAAUGAGGAAAAAAGUGCGUUUGAUUACAGCUAGCCCCAGAGUCCAACAUUCUGAGCUCACCAGGGUUUGGCAGGUAGAAAGCAAGUUACUAGAAACCAUAGACAAAAAAGAGUUCGAGUGGCUCACUCAGAAGGCUUUUGAUUUGGGUGCUUCUCUGAACAGCAUUCCUGCAGCUUCUCUCCCCAGUUUGCUUCAGCACUUUGAGGGGAAAAUCUACACUCAUCACUAUGAAAAGCCUCCCUUCUGUUAAGUUUUUAAAACAUUUUUACUUAUUUUAGAGAAAGGGAAGGAGAGAGAGAAACAUCGAUCUGUCAUUCCAUUUAUUGAUUUGUUGAUUGAUGCUUUUAUGUUCCCUGACCAGGGAUUGAACCCACAACCUUGGUGUAUGAGGAUGCCACUCUAACCAACCUGAGCUUCCAGGCUGGGGCCUGUCUGUUAAUUUUAGGGAAAAAACCCAUCUGCCAACCUAUAGGUCUGUCUGUCCAUCUACCCACUUCGCUGUCUAGACACAGUUGGUAAGUUGCUUUUCAGCAUAAGAAGUGGGUAGGUGGUGAUACUGUCGAGUGAAGGACAGACCUCUUUCUGUCCAUUUCUGGCCAGCACAUGCUGUCUGUGGACUCUGGGAGCCAGUAAGGGAAGGUGAGGAGAUGCGUCCCUGCCUGCUGCUAGUUGCGUGAAACUGGGAGUACAGAUCGAGUGCUGUGAUGCUCUCAGGUUAUAAAAACUACACAGGGACUGAGUGGUACCUUUAAAAGGAAAUAAGAUAGGUUUGCAUUCUGUUCAAGAUAUUCUUAAGCCUGAGAUAUUUGUAUAAACUGAUGAACUGAUAGAAGUUACUCCUGUCUUUGCUGUGGCGGUUUGGUAGAUUUGUUGCCUCGUGGAGCUAGCGUAGAAUGCGGGCCUCUUUUUUCCCCUCGACCAAUCAGUUGUUAAUACUUUAAUUAGUUGAUCCUUUUAAGGAGGGUCUUGGACUUUCUUGGAAGAACUUUGCCAUUUCUACACUGUGCUAGCUCUGCUGGUGGGCAGAGUGGAGACUGCCGUCAUGUCUGCCCGUGCAGUUUAGCAUGUCUGACUAGCAUGUCCUAGCUGGAGAUGUAUGAUCCUGAGUCAUGUUCUUUGCCGCUCAUGGACUGCAGGAAGGAACGGGAUUCUGCUGGCUGCUGCGAAGACAGCUCUUAGCACCACCUAGGAGCUCAGUUUCUCUUCUUUUAUACAAUUUGCACGACUGGUCUCUGCAUUCUAAGGUCAGCUAAUUGUCCCAGGUAAUUAAGUCAACAGUAGCCUUCAGUUUAGGUCAUUUUGGGCUAUGGGCAGCAGUAGACUGAAGAAGUAGGAAUGGAAGAAAGGAAGGAGAGGAAAGAAAGAUGCUAAAAAUGGUCUAUUGUGUGUGCCAGGCACUUGGACAGUCUUCGCAAACAGCCUCUGGAGGUGGUGGUAUCCCUAUUGGACAGAUGAAAAAAAUGAGGCUCAGAACUGAAUGCUGGAGUCAAGAACGAAGCCCAGCUCUGUUCAGUGCCAAAGCCCCUUCCCAGUAGCCAUGCUGUGGAUUAAAAGUCUGGGGAUGGAAGUGGGGGUGGGGUGGGAGAGAGGAAGGAGGUGUCGGGCAGUGGUGGGCAGGGCCCAGUGCAGCUGUAAGGGGCCUUACAGGAUCUUUUGAGCUCACAGGCUUAGAAGCUGUCCUAGACUCCUGGGCUGGACCCUAGGCUCUGUAUUUUACACCAGAUGCCCUUGUAUAAAAUAGAGUGGUUUUCUUUCAGACCAACUGAGAAAGCUUAUGUAACAAACUAGCAAGACAGACUCGAAGGCUAAGGUGUAGCUGUAUAAACUGAGAAAGCUUUUAUAUUUGAAGCUUGUUUUUUGUUUGAAUAUCAAUGAGAAAUUGAGGUAAGUUCUUAUUUAGCUAGUCUCUGAGUAUACUCUCAGAGAAGAAAGCUGGAGGAAGGCUGGUGAAGCCGUCUCACUGGGGGGGAGGAGGAGGAGGGGCACAGAGGGGCAGCUGCCCAGGUUUGGGUGGAAGUACAGGGAGCAAGUGCUAAGGGCAGACUGCAGUGACCUGUUCUGAUGACAGCAGUUUUCCUGGACUGGCCUCUGGGUUGGCGGUGCCUGAGGAGCCCCGCCUGGACGGUGGCCUGAGGUCUCCGAAUGACUGUGGGUGGCUCUGGGAAUUGGUCUGCUCACCUGCUGCAGACCACCCCACCAACUCCCCCACUGCGCCCCAGUGAGGUCUCCACUGGGGCUCAGCGGGCGUGGGAAUGGAGGCAGAACCCUGUUUAGGGAAAGAUACCCUCCCUCACCCCAAGUCAUUAUCAUCCUAGGCAGCUGGCUUUUCUUUUGAAUCACCUGCCGUAAUCAUGGAGGGGAACAAGAGAAAGGAACUUCUUUUUCUUUAUGUUUACUGUUGACACUGUUGAAAUGUUCCCAUUCCCCCACCCCCAACCCUUUGCCCCUCUCCUUCCAGCCCCCAGCGCCCCAUCCCUCUGGCCAUCACCACACUGUUGUCUGUGUCCCUGAGUUAUACAUGUAUUUUCUCUUAUUCCUUCAUCUUCUUACAUCCAGUCCUUCCCUCUUUUAAAACCAGGUUGUACGAGGCCUAGAGCAAUGACUGUGUGAGAGGGAGAGUGCGUGUGUGGCAUCACUGUAGGGGACUUUCUAGCUGAGCCCUCUGCUGGUCACCCCUGUGACCUGGAGGAGGGGCAGUGCGCAGACUGUUCCCACUGUGCGGACAAGGAAUGGAGGCCUGUAGACGUCCCGGCCACCCAGCUUGUUUGUGGCAAAUUUAGUGAUUCCUAAUUAGUCAACUUUUAACCAAGUAAAAAAAGAACAUUUCUCCUACUGCUUUUAGGGUUAACAGAAGCCCUUUCUCAGGGAUGAGAUUUGACCUCCACCACAGUUGUGGGAUCUAGAAGUUUCCCUUUCACAGAUGAGGAAGUCUGGGCUUAGAUAAAAUGGCUCGCCCCCAGUUACCCAGUUAGUAAGCAGCCAGGCCCACCCAUUGUGGUUUUGUGCUCAGCACUGGUGGUGUGUGUGACUGGUCCGGACUGCAGCCUGUCCUGACUUCCAGAACCUUCGGUGAGCUUCCUCUCCCCUGAGGAAUUCUACUUAACGUUUCUUGAUUUGAAACAAAACAAACAAAACCAACCCACCUCCUGCCUUUACCGCUGCUCAUGGGAAAAAAGAAUCCUGAUGUCACCCAGCCGUUUGUCUGCUUGCUCCUGGGCUGGUUGGCCUCGGGCCUGGCAGCCUGUGCGGGGGUUUUUGUUGUUUGGUGCCAGCCUCACAGUCGCUCUGUGCCCACAGACCGUCUCUGUGCUGUGCUGAGCCCUGCAGUGAGGUGCAGGCCAGGCAAUGCCGCUGGAGAGCGCCCAGGGCUGGGACGGCGGGGAGUGCGCUGAGUUCAGCUGCCCCCAGGUUUUAGCUGUUGGCUGUCCCUUGUUACCGGCUAGGUGUUCAGUGUGUGCAGUAGCCAAAAGGCCACCCUCACAGGGACACCUUUCCCCAUGCGCUCUGAUGUUGGGGUCUCACAGAACCCCUCCACCGCAUACUCUCAGAUACUGCUCGUCCCUCCUACGUCCUUCAUGUGGUGGUGGCUACAUUACCAUGGGGCGGGGGAACCACACCCUUUGGGGGGCGGCACCUCUGGAAGCCAAAAAAGCCCUUCCGAAUGAGAUUCAGCGAGGCUGAGGAGAAUGUGGACCAUCAGCUGCUUCUAAGGGGUUAUAGUUUCUUGUGUGGCUCCAGAAGGGUCAGGAUGGUCUUUGGAAGCCAGCUGGGCAGUUGGAGCUGCAGUGCGCCUCCCAGGCUGGUCCAUGGGCUACCCUGGGAGUGGGGUGGUGAGGGGUGCUCUCCAAUGGGCGGGCUGGUACAGAGGAGUUUCUCCCACAGUGUUAUCCAGAAACGUUUGCUGCUACCUACUGCUACUUACCAGGGUGUUGAAGGAGAAGGAACAGUUAGAGAAAAAGGCAAGGUUUUCAGCCCUGACAACCGAACAGAAGGUGACAACAUUGACCAAGAUGGAGAACACAGGGUGGGGCAGGGUGAGAGGAUGCUCAGGGCUCAGGGAAAAGCUCGGCGGUAGGUCCCACACUCAGUCCAGGAGGGGGGAAGCCCCGGGAAAAAUGCUCUGAGCUGGGCGGGGGUCUGCCUUCCAACUGGUGAGGUUUCAAGAAGGGGCCACGGACACCAGGGGCAGUGCAAAGGGCCUUGUUCGUGGAAGCCGUCUAGCUGGAGGGUUAAGUAGCAGGGUGAGGUGUGGAGUGUAGGGCCACUUCAGUGACUGCCAUCUUCCAAGAUGGGGCGAGAAUUCAGGAGGGUAGAUAUGGAAGGAAUAGAAGGGCGAGGCAGAGGCUGCUGCACAUGCCCAGGUGAGGGAGAAAGGAGGACUACUGAGGGCUGCACGGGGCAGAAAAGGCAAGGAUGGCGUUUCCGCAUGGGCCAGGGUCUCCCCCACACCGAGGAGGAAGGUGGGCAUGGCAGCACCCAGCCAGGGGCUGAGGAUGCCUGCUCAAACCCUGCCCCGCAGCCAGGGUUCAGUCUGUGACUGAGAGCAGGAUGGCAGCAUUGGAAGGGCCAUCUCCAUUUGGGCCACGAGUGGGGGGUUCCCUGCUCUCUCAGGGAGGGGGCUCUUGUGCUCUUUGUGAAAUGUUUGUUUUGGCAACAGGCACAGUUUUGUAGACUGGUCAGUCAGUUUCUUACCCUUUCCCUGAGUUUCUCCUCUGCUGAGCUCGCCAAAGGGAAUGACAGGUACCGGGGAUUCCUUCGUACAGGGGCCUUGUGCUUCUUAAAAAAGUGAUGGUUUGGUUUUUUGGCCUGGAGUAGGGCUAGAGCUCAUUUGAUCCAGCAUCUGUAGGACAUGGUCUCCAGCCGGUGGUAAGGUACAGACUUGCCUUCCAGAGCACUUUCAGGAGGGCAGAAGAUAGGAAGUGUGUGGUCACUAGGGCAUUUGCUUGGGGAUUUAGGUCUGUGUCUGUCUUGGUCCUGCCCCCUGUGGGUCUGCCCUUGACCACGCGGGGAGACCCAAGGAGGAGUCAGGGUGGUUGCCUGCACUUCAGUGUUUGCGUAGCUCUGUUGGGGAGCAGGACCGAAGAGGCAGCUGUGGUUUUGGGUCUUCAGGUCAGAGGUAUGGAAGGUCCCAGGUACAAUGAGACAUGGGACCCACCAACCUUUUUGGGGGUAAGCAGAACCCCCUCGCCAGGUGUCUCUAAGUACCAGUGGUCUUUUUGUUUACCCCUGUGGGCCACCCAAUAUUGUCUUUUUUUUUUUGAGUGUCACAGUGUGGAAAUACGUGGGAACACUGCUUUAGACAUGUCCACAGAAAAACUUUCCGUGAAGGGCCAGCCGCACCUGCCUGUGGCACCGGGCAGCAUUCUGUAGGCCAUGGCUCAGUCCCAGCGGGAACGCCUGCCAUCUGCCAGCACUUACCAGCUUCGCACAGAGUGUGCCCUGAGGAGGAGGGAGGCGCGGCUCUGCCUGUGAGGACUGCAGGUGUUGAGUGAGAGGCGGGCCCGACAGGAGGGCAGGCGGCAGAAGAGGUUUCAGAAGUCCCAGGUGUCCAGAGGAAAGGACUGGCUGAGUCAGGACAGCCAAGCAGGGACGCAGCUUGAAAGAAGGGAAUGGGCCCAGGGCCCGGGUGGCAGGGCUCCGGGGAGAGAGCCGUCCAGUGGAAGGGGCGCGCUGGCCAGGCGCAGCCCGGGUGGGCCGAGGAGCACGGACUUGGCGUGGAGCAGUGAGCCAGCGAAAGGUUUUGCUCAGGAUGGUAAAGGGACCACAAGCACACUUUUGAAAUGUCACUCUCGUCAUGGAAACUGGGUUGCUGGUUACAAAUGGUAUUUUUCCGUUUAUUCUGGACUUCUCAGCCAAGGGUUUGGUUCCUGUCAGGGUUCAAGGCCCAGAGUUAGUUGCAGUGUUUCCAGCCACCAGCAUUGGUGGGCCAGGGAGUGCCACGCUUUACAACAAGCAGUUUGACAAGAUCUUCUAUCUUCAGGCGUUGGUUUUUAGGACCGGGAGAGAACAAUUUAAAAGGGCAAGACAAGUGCAACAUUUAUCUCAAAUCUAAUUUUGACUUGGGUCCUUGGUGUGUGAGGGUGAAAAUGCUAAGGAGCCCGUCCCUGGCUUUACAUCAAGUCACGUGGCAGGAGAGCUUUGUGGAGCAAAUGCGCUUCCUCUCCACAUGUGGACAGGCUUGGGGCCAGACCCCUAGAGGGGUGGCGGUCUGUAGCUCCAAGAAGCCCACAAACCACUGAGGCAGGGAGCACAGGAUUCACCUGGAAGCAGGUGUUGCCCAGGUGCACUGCAGACACCUCUAGCUGGGUGCAGGGAGACCAAGGAAUACCGACACAGUGCUCAGUGUAGUCGGGGCAGCGGAAAACCCUGAACGUAUGCAGUGCUCCCCACUUCCAAAGCACUGUGCCUUCCUCAGAGAGGUUUCUGGGCAAGUGGAUCGAACUGCCGUGAACGGGUCAGCAGGGACCACGAGAGGAGACUGGAUACAAGGGCCUGCAGUUUCACUGGACCUCAGCUGUGGAGUAGGUGAGUUCCACAUGCAGCUGAGGAGCCACGUUGGGGAGGUGGCUGCACUAGCUACCUGUGGGGCUCUCCCAGCUCUGUACUGCAAAUUGGCUUUCUCAUGGCCUGGGGACACUCGGGGCAAGCCAGGAGGUGAAGGUUGGGCACUGCCAUGAGCAGACAGACAGGUGUGAGCACCGAAGGGUAUAGAGAGGUGUACCUUGCUCAUGGGGCAGCCCUUGGUGUGGAGGGUUGGGAGGGCAUUAGGGUGUCUGGGUAGGUAACCACUGAAAACUUAGGGAACUGGCUGCCAACUGCUCUGAGUGAAGCUAUGUCUUGUCUUUGCUGAGAAUCUGUGCCUCUGAGGUGCACUGGCUGCUCUGGGCUCGUCUGGCUUAUUCUUACCGGGGAUGUGCCUCUUGCAUUUUGCUACCUGGUCUUCUCUCAAGGUGUGGAGGGAGCUCAGGUCUGACAGCAGGUGGGAACAGCUCUGAGCAGCAGCACUCCUGGUGUUUCUAGAGGCGUUCCUGGGCUCGUGGGCGAGAAAAGACAAAGGCCAGGCCUGGCUGUGCCGUGGUAGGGGAAGCCCUGAGCCUCCUUCUGACUCAGUUCCAGCUUGUGGUGGGGUUAGGUGAUUGUUAGAAAGCUCGCUUGCUGUUCCAGCAAGCUGACUUGAUCAGAACCUGAUUCUUUUUCUUUCUGUUCACGAAGAGAGUUUUAGAUAGCAAAGACGCCCUGAAAGCAUCCCUUCUCCACAAGGAAUUCAAUUUGGAAGAGUUCAAUUGCAAGUGUCUGGCCUCUUUGGGCUGAAUGCUGUUCUCGGAACUGGGGAUUCUGCUGCACCCUUGUAAUUUGAGGAGUUUGGCUGGUGGGUCAGUGGUGAGACACGGGUCCAGGUCUGCUCGUGGCGCUCCUCUGCCUUCCUCAGGACACCCUCACUGCCUCCAGUGCUGCUGUUGGGAAGGUCCUGUCCUUUAGCCUAAAUGCACCUCACGCAGCAGCCCUAUGCCAUCAGGUGGGGUUUCCAGUGUACCCCUACUUUGUAGAGGUGGCAGCAUCACUUGUUCGUUCCAUCACUGUUUCUCAGCCGAGGGUCCUGCCAUGGCUCUCGGGGAGGUGGGCUAGCUCCUGUUCGUUACUGACUUCCUUGGGCAGAAAGACUUGUGUUUUUUUUUUUUUAAGAAUACAGCUGGGGAGCCAGACUGCAGGCAUCUCCCAGGAAUCAAGGGUGGCUCUGCUGUCUCCACCCUCCUGGCAGACUUCCCUUUCAGCAACUGGAAGAGGCAAAGUGAAUGCUUGGUUGAGGUGGGAGCCUUCUUCUGCCUUUGUCCCUCAUUGUCUUCUAAUGAGCCUGGAGCCACCUCCCACGGCAGACUUCAUAUAUUUCAGCCCUUAGCAGUGUUUACCCCUGCUUCCUCCCAAAGUAUCUUUGAACUCAGGCCUUUAGCCAAGGACCCUCUGCCAGCCUGUUGUGCUGAACCUUUGGUCUGUUUAAGUGGCUAGUUGGGCUCCAGCUGCAUCUUCAGAAGGGCGAGGGCACUUUAAGGAACAAGGUGGGAUGGGAAAGGGGCUUAUCUAGUCUGUAUGCAUCCUGGUCUCCCUGCUACAUAGUAUCCCUGGAGAGGGGUCUGUAGGACUUGCUUCUCGCCCCCUCCACGCACAACUCUUUGGGAGGGAGGUAGCCAGCCUAGUGCAGGGCUGUCGAGAAGAGGCUUGCCUUCCAGUGAAGGUGGCCUCGCUCAGACCCAGCGGUUGGGGUGCCGGAGGCAUGGAGAAGACACAGUAGUUCCCUGCUGCAGGGCUCCGCACGCCCCAGCCAGUGGACUGUCAGCUGUAGAUCUGGGCUAGUGGUGGCCAAGGUAGUUUUUAGAAAUUUAAAAUACUUAUCAGUAUCUACUUACUGUGUUUUUUUUUUAAUAUGCAAGUGUAAAUAGUAUAAUUUGCAGUGCAAAGUCCUUGGCGGCAAUAACUUUGUUGUGUACCAUGUUAAAACGCUGGAAAAACCGCAAGCACCACAGACACCGGUCUACCCCUCGGGGUCAUGAUGUGUCGGACUCUGGACUGUCGGCGUGGUUGCAGCAGCAGCCUGCGGUGUGUGGACUGUCACCAGUGCCUCGCCUUGCUCCAAAGGGACUCUGCCACCCCGACCGCCACAGGCAGCACCUUCGCACUGACCACGGUGGACUCUGCCCUAGACUGGCCCCAUCUGUCUGUGGUGACCUGACGUGUUGCAUUUUCCUACUUGGAUGAAUAAAAAUAAAAGCUUCUGUCUUAAGCAGAACCUUCUCUGAUUAAAUGAAGGUGCUGACGAAUAAAAAGGGUCAAGUGCAC